UGAAGAAAGGACACAAUGUCCCAAUUUCACAUCCAGGACCCAGAUGUACUUUUGUCAAUCUACUUGCGCAUGCGUUCUGGAGAAUGCCAGAUGGUCCAAUCAGCUAUUUUAACACACGCCAACACUGGAUGUGAUUUCCAGAAGAUGGCGACCGCUCUGGUGGUGUCAACUUCAGUUCCUACAAAUCCUGAAAAGGAAAAAUGUGGCAACAUUAUUCAAAAGGUUGUGAGUCCUGAGGCGUACAUCAAACAUCCUUUACAAAACAAGUGGGCGCUUUGGUUUUUCAAGAACGACAAAAGCAAAACAUGGCAAGCCAAUCUGCGCCUCAUCUCCAAGUUUGACACAGUGGAGGACUUCUGGGCGUUAUACAAUCACAUCCAGCUAUCAAGUAACUUGAUGUCAGGCUGUGACUACUCGCUGUUUAAGGAUGGGAUUGAGCCCAUGUGGGAGGAUGAUCGGAACCGACGAGGUGGUCGCUGGCUGAUAACUCUGUCUAAGCAGCAGCGAAAGGCAGACCUGGAUCGCUUCUGGUUGGAGACGCUCUUGUGCCUUGUGGGCGAGGCUUUUGAUGACUUUAGUGACGACGUGUGUGGAGCCGUCAUCAACGUCCGAGCCAAAGGAGAUAAAAUAGCAGUGUGGACCACAGAGUACGAGAACAAAGAUGCCAUCACACACAUAGGGCGUGUCUAUAAGGAGAGAUUAGGCGUCCCACCAAAAGUGAUCAUCGGGUACCAGUCUCACGCAGACACAGCCACAAAGAGCGGCUCCAACACCAAGAACAAGUUUGUUGCCUGAGGACCAGCCGUCAUAUUUUCUGUUGCCAGAGUAGAUUUCCUGUCAUUCCUCCAUGAAUGUAACUGACGUGUUUGUUGACAAAGAAACAUUUGGAGCAGAGAUAAAAGUUGCUUUCUUUUUGUUUGCCUCUGUGUUGCCAUUUUACCAAAGCUUUUGUUUACCAUGGGAUUCUGUGCACUUUUGUUUGAGAAUGGAGUUUUGUUGUGUGGGAUAAAGAUGAGUCAAAGAUGUUUAGAUGCCCAGAUUUAAUUUUCAAAUACACUUGAAUAUUUGUGAAGGAUUUGUUAUUCAUCCAGGCCUCUGUGUGAAGGAAUUGAUUUCAGAAAUUCAAAGAUUGUUUAUCUGAGUAGCAACUGUAGCAUUGAGUCAACAUUUUACUAUUCAUGUAAAGUUUUUUUGCAUUUAUUAACAGUGGAAUUCCCAAAAAGGGAUUGUGGGGGAAAAAAAGAAAAUUUGAACCAAACUCUGAUUUUGAAGUCUGAUUUAGCAGAAAUGUCUCCAGAUUCAGAAUAUCUUGAAUGAGAAAAUAAAUAUAUAAUUUAAAUGUAAUUUAUUGCUAACAUUACAAACAGGAAGUCUUAGUUUAAAAUGGUAGGUUUCUUGUCAUGCAGGUUGUGCAAUAUGUGAAGAGUUAAAGUGAAUAUGUUUACCAUUUUGAGGAGCACUACAUAACUAAAGCGACUUCUGGUGCCUCUUUGUUAGUGUCCAAACAUUUUGAUGUGUACAUUGUACCACUAAUGACAUUUUCUUUCUUUGAAGCAUAGUUCAUGUAUGUAGUGCUUUGGCACUUGAAAAAAAUCUGUAUAAAAAACACCUUUCAUACUUGAGCCUGCUUUUCUUGUACACUUAAAUCUAGAAGUUUGUGUUUGAUGGGAUGAAAACAUAUUAACAGAAUUUUGUACCACAUAUCUUUUAAAAGGAUAUCAUCUGGCUUUACAUAAUUUUAGGCAUCUGUUUUUUGUUCUGGUGAGUGCACAAGCCAUAUUGGGUUGCAGUGUUUAGUUAAAAGGUGUAUGAGAGCAGGAGUUUUGUUUAUCUUAUGCUUGACACAGUUUCCACACCAUUUAGCUUGGUAAGCAGCAUGAGCAAAAAUCACAUUGUUUGGAGGGAUUGAACUGUGCCUUGAAUGUUACACCCUGCCCUGCUUUUCUGUUAACAGAACUUAUGUAAAUAAAAAUGUACAGUGAAGAGUA